UCGUUUCUUAUGUCGGUCGGUUUGUAAACAAUAAAAGCCUUGGGUUCCCAAGGUGGGGACAGUUUGUCUAUCAUAAUUGCUCGUUCCCCACCACAAAAUGUCGACAGCGAUCGAUCCCCGAGGGAACGCAAGCAAAGGGGGUUUCCAGAGAUGGGUGAAACUGCCGACAGAUGACCUACCACUAAUAAGGCCGCCAAAGCAUCACAUGCUAGCGCAUAUCACGGGAGGUUUAAAAAAGUUAUACGAGUUAGUAAAAGAAAAUAAAAAAGACACACCAGAAACUUCCGAGGAAGAAAAGUCAAAAACAGAAAACUCAGGGAACAGUCCCUCUGAUGAGAACAAAAAUGGUCCAACAGAUAAUGGACUGAGUAAUAAUGAAGGCUCAGAUAAUGGAACUAGUGAAAAUAACGAUAGUACACAAAACUCAAAGCAGAAGGAUUCAGAAAAAUCCAGUGAUGAAGAGCAAGAGAAGAACUGUCAGAAUGAAAAGAAAGAUGACGAGGGGGGAGGGGACAGCAAAUCAAAGGCAGAAAAAGAGAAGAUGGAUGAUCCAGACAGUAUGAUGGAUGAAGAGGAAGAGACUACACCAUAUACAGAUGAAGAAGGUGAAUUUUUGCCAGAGAAGGGAAUGCCUUAUCUUGCAGGGCGUUACAAAUACACUAACAUUUUAGCGAGGGGCCAGUCUGCCAUAAUUAUAAAGGUUUUGGAUACAUUUCAUAACGACCGACCUUUAGCCAUUAAAGUAUUGCAUCGUGUCUAUAAGCCCAUUGGUUCUCAGGAAGCAGACAUAUUAUUAGAGCUGCACAGAGCAGACCCUUGGUUACAUGUGCCAUUUGCCAGACUUUUGAACCAAUUUUUGUAUGGUCCACAUUAUUGUUUGGUUUUUGAUUAUUUGAGUCCGACACCCCUAUACAAUCACUAUGACCAGAGGGAUAUUCGUGAAGCCUCAGCAUUACCCCACAUCAGAGACCUCACUGUAAAGUUGCUCACCGUCCUUGGUUUCUUAUACAAGCAAAAUGUUAUUCAUGCAGAUCUCAAGCCAGAAAAUAUUCUUCUCAGUAAGGAGGACGAUCUGUCAUCCAUUAUGGUUGUUGACUUUGGUAAUGCGUUACGGAAUACAGAUGAGGAGCUAUCUCUGUAUUAUUCAGACUUUGAAUUGCAGACAUUAUUUUACAGAGCUCCAGAAGUUAUUUUUGGAAUGAAAUUUAGUUUAGAGGUUGACAUGUGGAGCUUAGGAACCUUAUUAGCAGAAUGUUACCUUGGUGAACCUUUGUUUAUGGGGAAAUCCAAAAAGGAAAUAUUAAAUAAGAUAACCGCUUUGUUGGGUCCUUUUCCUAAAGAAUUCAGUGAGGGUGAAUAUUCCAAAGAAUUUGCAGAUUUUGUAGGUAGACCAAUGUCACGGUACCAGCGAUUAGAGAAUCUCCGCAAGCGGCUUAAUGACUGUAAGGACUCGACGUUCCUUAUGCUAGUUGAGAGAUUGCUGACCUACUUGCCAGACCGUCGUUUCACACCGUUUGAAGCAGCGUGCCAUCCAUUUGUGGCAUGCUCCACUCCAUUCUUGUAUCUCACACCUUCUCCAGGUUACAUAAGGUAUCCAACUAUAUUGCUAGACAUGUCAACAUACCCAUAUUUACCAGGACUGCCUGAUGAUGAAGAUGAAAACUCAGCAUCAGCAUUAAGUAGAAAAAGGCUGGCAUCCUUUGCCCGUUACAAAAGGCCAACACCUUCCCAGGCCUGUUCACAAGGUCAAAAAGAAAAAGAGGGUGCCGCAUCUACUGGUAAUGCUGCGUCUGGAGGUAGCAGUGGCAAUGGUGGGGCUGGAGCAGGAGCUGGGAGUGGUGGUGGUGGAACUGGAAGUACGGGAGCAGGAGGAGGAGGAGGACCAACUCCAAAUGUUCCUGCAGCUACAAGGAAAGACACAACUGAUGCUCAAAAGGUUCCCAUUCCUAAAGUUCCACCUAGCAUGGUAGGGCCAGAAGGUAAAACAGCUACUCGCUCUGAUGUAAAGGAGACCUUGAAAUCCAUGGGUCUACGAUGUGAAGAUUUUACUAUCAGUGUGUAUUCACGGGAACAAGCUCACGCUAUAUUGAGGCGUCAGGGUGUAGAAGUGACACCCAAUAAUUUACAAUCCAGAGAAAAGCUUGCUGCUAUGACUGCUAAAGGUGGCUACAGAAAUGCACGGAAUGUAGACAUGCAGAGAAUGCCUUACAUCAGAAAUGUUCCUCCUACAAAUACUUGGCCCAUGAAUACACGACCUCCAAACAUACGCCCUCAGAAUAUUCGGAAAACUAUUCCAAGGUAUGAGGAUGAUGAUGAUGACUGUGUGAUAUUAGAUCCACCAGACAUGCCUAAACCACCACCAACGGUAACGUUACCGCAGCAGUUCCAAUUGAUGGGCACAACUGUACAGGUAAACCGAGGAGCUAAACGCCCCAACAGACCCAUGAUGAAUCAACCGCAAGCCAAAAGACCAAAUGCACGACCAAUGCAGUAUUAUCACAAAGAGCAUGAAGAAUAUGGUGCAGAAGCAUCUGUGCAGGACACACUGAAGCGUUUGAAGAACUAUAAUAUUUCUAUAACUUGCCGAAGAAAUGCAUCUGGUCUUGGCCCCCGUGGUCCAAUGGAUGGUUAUUCAGACAUGGAAGAUGACAGCCAUCUUGACUCUGAUGAAGAGGAGGAGGAUAUGACAAAGUAUUUAGAAUGCCAGAUUGGAGAAAUAGAUGAUAUACCCGAGCAAGAAAUAUAUGAUGAAGAAAUCGACCCAGAUGACAAGGAUGAUCUUGACUAUCAUCCACGAGGGACUAAGAAGAGGAGAAAUAAGUCCCCUCGCAAAGGAAGAAGAAUCAGUGAUGGCUCAUUCAGCAUACGAAACCCAGGACGAGAAACCCCAAUGGAAGCCUCACAGCUGGACUCAAGUUUGGAAAUGAUAGAAACAGACAAAAAUAUUGAUGAUGAAAAUGAUAAAAAUAUUGAUGAUGCUGAAGAGGAGAAGCAUAAUGAUGAGGAGUGCUCACCUAAGCAACAAAGCAAUGAAUCUAAUGAUGAGUUGGAAAGUCCUAUGAAAAGUCCAGAGCACUCAAAGGAAGAUAAAGACCAAGAGGAGGAUGAAGGAACACAUGGUGACAGCAUUGAGGAGGAGCUCUCUAAAGAAGAAGAACACAUUGAAGAGCCAAGUACUGAACAGAGAGAACACAUACAAGAGCAAGAAAAAGAGCAAGAACAAGAACAGGAACAAGACCAAGAUCAGGAUCAAGAUCAAGAUCAAUAUCAAGAAGAAGAAGAAGGAGAAGAAGAAGAAGGAGAAGAAGAAGAAGAAGAAGAAGAAGAAGAAGAAGAUGAAGAAGAAGAAAAUGACGAUUUAUCAAAGAAUGAAGAUGAGGAGAAAAGGGAUGAUGCAGUUGAAGAAGGUACCUCAGUAGAAUGCGAGACCAAAGACGGCAGUAGUUCAGAAAUUGUUGAAGAUGUGAUUGGUAAAGACAUGAGAGAAGAAAAUCCAACUCAGGAUGGACCUGAUGAUGAAGAGAUUGAUGAUGAGCUAGAGAAGGAACUCUUAGCUGGUGAUGUAGGAGAUGAAGGAGAUAUGGAGGAAGAGUUAUAAAGUGUUUUUUUGUUUUGAAUGUGAAACACUUGAAAGUGGAAAAUAGGUAUCAAGACUUUUCUAUAGAAAGUACCUUUUAAUAUUUUAUAAAUAUUAUUACCUGUUUUUCUAAUUGUGGUGUUUAUGAAUUUGGUCUCAUUGUAUUGGAUUACAAAUUCAUUGACGUACGGUGCGUACUUCCUGAAUAGUACACUCAAGAAAUCUUGUGUAGUUUUCAUCCCAAACUGCAUUAUUACAAAGAAAUUGGCUUAUGGAUUUUUCAUAAACAUCAGUGUUGUCAUUUCUUUGGAGAAUACGUGGAUUGAGAAGCUGGACGGAGUUUGUGUUCAUAAGGACUUCCUGGUUAUGUACAGAGAUGAAUUUCAGCACCUGAAAGUACAAGGAUGUGAAGACUUGGAUAUGGCUUGUGAAUAUUCUUGUAUGGUUUUAAUGUGUUUGUUCUAUAUAUUUUUUUCUAUAUGGCAAGGAACAAUUAUAGUAGCUACAUUUAACAUUUUCCAUGAAGUGGUCAAGAGUUGUUUAGACUGCAUUUAUCUUAUCAAUUAAAGAUUUCUUCAUUCACUUGCUGGAAUAGGAAGGAGUUCAUCGUACAUUUCAAAUGGUAAAUACUAAGCUGUUCAUAGAAAUCAAAUGUUGAAAGGUUGGUUUUAUAUAUUUUGACUCCCCAUCCCCAAGACAAAAAAAAAAAAAAAAAACCCACAUGGUCCAAGUUCUCAGUAGCUGUCAACAUGCUGCAGCUAAUUGCAAUACAAUACAAUACAUCUUCAUUGGUCUUACAGUAACUGACAGAUUUUGCUGCAAGAUGUUUUGGAAAGUCUGUGGCUGAAAGUGAGCUCUUAAAUUAAAAGGAAUUGUGCAAACCGUAUUACCUGUUAAAAAAAAGAUUGACUUCAUUGCCAUUUUCAUCCACUGACUCCAGAAUAUGUACAAAGUAAAAACAACUGCUCUUCUAUUAGAAUUUUAAAUGCUUGAUCUUUUAUUUUUCCAUUAUUAUAGUGUAAUUAGCUGAGGUUUUGAUUGUGGCAUUUUUGUGAAGGAAAGUAAGUAGCGUAGUUGCUACGUGUUGAAUGUUGCAGUUAAUUGCGCAUGUGAACUGGGUCACUAUUUUAUAAUUUCCCAGAAAAAAUGUAAUUACUUUUGCAAGAGACUGAAGUAGAUGGUUUUAAUGUGUACAUGUAUACAUUAUUAAUAGUGUAUCGCGUUGUCAAAAUGGACGAGCAUACCAGGUAUGCCAAGUGAAAUGGUAGUGAAUAUUCUUUUACACAAGUUAAUAUAUAGGACCAGCCUCUUGCCAGUUUCAUGUACAUGUAUUUGAUGGAGAUAAACUUCACUAUUGGAAACUAUUUUCCUCAAUCACCCUUUUCUAGUUGCUUUAUGUGGUCAGUGUUUCUCCUGUUCUCCAGUGGCAGUUCACAAUAUGUAGAUGUUCCUGUUGUUGGAAGUAAUGGGACAGUUUAUAUUUUUUUAUAUUAUUUACUUCGAAUUACUAGUGUAAAUAGAAAAGGAUUAGGGUGGAAUCUGAUAUCUCCAUAUUUUUUUUUUUUAUAUACAUAUAUUAAUACUAUAACUGGAAGAGAUGUGUCAACGUUUCAUUUAACUUGAGCGGAAUAGAUACUGUCUGAGAAAGUUGAUCAGGUGCUGCUUUCCUGCUAAGAGGCGUUAAUUUGUUAUACAGUACAUGUUUUGUUGGUAACAAAAUAUUAGUGUUUUGGUAAUUUAGAUUUUUUUGUAAGUAGAGAAGCACAAUGAAAAUCAAUUUUUA